AUGAAAGAAAGUUAAUCAAAAAAGUAUAAAGUUUUAUAAUUUGAGGAAAUUGAAUCUUUGGGGAAUACAGGAAGAUAUAUAUUGGAUGGAUUCCCAAGAUCAUAAGAUAAUUGGGAAAGUUGGACCAAAAUAAUUGGGAAUUCUGUAGAUACAACAUUUUUGUUAAUGUUUGAAUGUUCUGAAGCAGUAAUGGAAUAAAGGCUUUUAAAGAGAGGGGAAACAUCAGGUCGAGCAGAUGAUAAUGCAGAAACAAUAAAGAAAAGAUUUGCUACUUUUAUCAACGAAACCAAACCCAUUGUUGCAGAUUUUGAGAAGAAGAAUAAGGUUGUUAAGGUUAGUGCUGAAGCAUCACCAGACGAAGUUUAUGAAAAUGUCAAAAAGGCAUUAUCCAAUAAAGGUGUUUAACCACAAAAAGACCUGAAGUGUUAUUUGUUUUAGGAGGACCAGGUUCAGGCAAAGGAACUUAACUUUUCAUAUGGUCAUUUAUCGACUGGGGAUUUAUUGAGAGAAGAAUAAAAAAAAGAAGGGCCAAUUUAAGCAGAAUUAAAAUCUAUUAUGGAAGCAGGUAAGCUUGUGCCAUCUGAUCUUGUUGUUAAAUUGAUGAAAAAAGUAAAGAGAAAAUUUAGAGGGAAAUAUCUCUUAGAUGGUUUUCCUCAUAAUCAAGAAAAUAUUGAUUCUUGGAAUAAAAUUUUAGCUACAUUAGUGGAUGUAAAUUGUUUGCUUUACUUUGAAUGUUCUGAUGCUGAAAUGACGAAAAGACUGUUGGAGAGAGCUAAAACAUCAGGAAGAGCGGAUGACAAUGAAGAAACAAUCAAAAAAAGACUAGCUACUUUCCAUUCUGAAACUAAACCAGUUUUGGGAAUAUUUAAAGAAUAAAAUAAAUUGAAGGUUAUCAAUUCUGAAUAAUUAGUUGAUGUUUUUUAUUCAAAUGUUAAGAAAAUAUUUAAAACUAGUGGAUUAACAGUCACACUAAAUGGUUAAAGACCUGCUAAAGGAAAAUAUAUUAUUGGUUUAGUUGGGGCUCCUGGAACUGGAAAACAAGUUCAAUCUUCAAGAAUAUCAAAAAGAUUUGGAUUUCAACAUUUGUCAAUUAAAAUAAUUAUAAGGGAUGAAAUUAAGAAAAACACAUAAGAGGCUUAAACAAUAAAAGACUGCUAAAAAAAUAACUAACCCAUCCCAGGGAAAGUAGUUGUUAAGUUGAUUCUUGCUGCCAUUAGUUAAUCAAAAGCCAGAAAUUUCAUAGUUGAUGGAUCCACAAGAAAUGAAGACAACUUAAAUGCUUGGUAUGCUUAAACAAAAUCAUCCUGUAAAAUUAAAAUAUAUUAUGUGUUUUGCAUGUUCUUAAGAACAGCAGAUGUUGGUAAUAAUAAUAAUUAUAAUAUAGCCAAAAAGGACUAAGCUACUAUUUAAAGGAAGGUUGAAACAUUGAAUUUUCAAACAAACCAGAUCAUUUAAAUGUUUAAGAAGGAUGAAAGACUUAUUGAGAAUAACACAGAACCUUCAAUAGAUAAAGUAUUUGCUGAAAUUGAAAGGGUUUUCAUAACCAAAAAACUUGAUAGAUGA